GUAGUCUUAGGUUUGAUAUUGAUUGAAUGCUGUCAAAAGCCGAUUGUCGAGUCGAAUUCUAUUUACGAAUUCUCAAAUUCACAUUUGAUUUUCCAGAUUUGCUUGUUUAUAAAAGAAAAACACAAUGUCAGUUCGAUUGGGUGGAGCGCUAAAAGAAAUAAGAAUUCAUUUAUGCCAGACAAAUAGACAAUCAGAAGGCGUAAGGGAAUUUAUUCAAACUUGCUAUGUAAAUAUCAAAAAGGAUAAUCCUCACUUCCCAAUACUGAUCCGUGAAUGUAGUGGCGUGCAACCGGUCGUAUGGGCUCGCUACGAAAGAGGAGUGGAACGGAGCCAGCCACUCACUAACCUUCCGGCAUCUGAGGUUUUGGACACCAUCAAGAAACUCGCCAAGUGAAAUAGCACUCUUUAUUGUUUAUUAUGUAAAUACAUAGCAUUUAGAUCUUACAA